AAAGGCAGCGAGCGCGCCGGGCAGCCGAGUGUGCAAAGCGCCUGUGCCAAUUUGGGACCGGGGCUUUUGCUUUCCCCCUUCGCCCUUCACGAAGCCCCUCUCGGUCGUCCUCCGUCCUCGACCUUCGCGGGUUGGUUCCGUUCCGACGGGCGGGAGGUUCCCCCACCCCACCGGAGCGCUCCUUUCGCGGGGCAGAAGCUGGCUUCGGGAUGCUGCCGCUGCUGCUGCCCGCCUUGUGCCUGCUGGCCGCCGCGCUGGUGCGAUCGGAGAGCUCGGCUGCCGGGCGCGCGAUUCUUCAAGAAACCGUUCAAACAGAAACCACAAUGCACAGCCUGAAACCAUAUGCCUUAACCAUCCCAGUCCGCAGCGGCGCCGAUGGAAGCUACGUUUCCCACUUUGUUUCUGUCACGCACUCCAGGAGACUCGCAAGGGACGUUUUGCCAAGUCCACCCGAGGAACUCUACUUUAACGUAUCCGCUUUCGGGAGAGAAUUUCACCUCCGACUGAGGUCUAACACUCGUCUAAUAGCUCCUGGCGCGGUGGUGGAGUGGUAUGAAGAGUCUCCCUCCAUCUACAACGCCACAGAAGAGGCUCACCAGGACCAAGGCACGGGGGUCACGGAGAGACUAUGGAAGAAGGAAUCCCUACGGACCAACUGUGCUUACGUCGGGGAUCUGGUGGAUAUCGCAGGAGCUUCCGUCGCCGUGAGCAACUGUGAUGGCCUGGCUGGCAUGAUCAAAGUUGGUGUAGAGGAAUUUUUCAUUGAGCCCCUGGAGAAAGGCCAACAAAUGGAGGAGGAGAAAGGACGGCUUCACAGGGUUUAUAGGAGGUCAGCAAUUGCCCAGAAUUCAUCCGAUAUUCUCCCUGAUUUCCAAAGUAAAGAAUCUGAUCUACUCAGCUUGGAGUCCACUUAUGCAAGAAUAGAGCAGGAUCUGAAUGAAACACUGAGGCGACACAGACACAGCGGAGAAAAUGACUACAAUAUUGAGGUUCUCCUUGGGGUAGAUGACUCGGUGGUCCGAUUCCAUGGCAAAGAACAUGUGCAGAACUAUCUUCUCACCCUUAUGAAUAUUGUGAAUGAAAUUUAUCACGAUGAAUCCCUGGGCAUCCACAUAAACGUUGUGCUGGUUCGUAUGAUGAUGUUAGGUUACGCCAAGUCCGUCAGUCUAAUUGAACGAGGAAACCCCUCCAGGAGCCUGGAGAACGUGUGCCGUUGGGCAUAUCAGCAACAAAAAACAGACCCCGCUCACUCAGAACAUCACGAUCACGCCAUCUUUCUAACCAGGCAAGAUUUUGGACCAGCUGGAAUGCAAGGCUACGCUCCAGUCACAGGCAUGUGCCAUCCGGUGAGGAGCUGCACUCUGAAUCACGAAGAUGGGUUUUCUUCAGCUUUUGUGGUAGCCCACGAAACUGGCCACGUGUUAGGGAUGGAGCAUGAUGGACAAGGGAACCGAUGUGGAGAUGAGACAGCAAUGGGAAGCGUCAUGGCACCAUUGGUGCAAGCAGCUUUCCACCGAUACCACUGGUCCCGUUGCAGUGGCCAAGAACUCAAAAGAUACAUACAUUCUUACGAUUGUCUCCUCGAUGACCCUUUUGAACAUAAUUGGCCGAAACUUCCUGAGCUGCCUGGGGUAAAUUAUUCCAUGGACGAGCAAUGUCGCUUUGACUUUGGAGUGGGCUACAAAAUGUGCACGGCGUUUCGAACAUUUGACCCGUGUAAACAGUUGUGGUGCAGUCAUCCUGACAACCCUUAUUUCUGCAAGACUAAGAAGGGCCCGCCGCUUGACGGGACAGAAUGUGCCCCUAGUAAAUGGUGCUAUAAAGGUCACUGCAUGUGGAAGGAUACAAACCAGCUGAAACAAGAUGGCAGCUGGGGAGCUUGGACAAAAUUUGGCUCCUGCUCCAGGACCUGUGGAACCGGCGUUCGCUUCAGAACACGACAGUGCAACAAUCCCUUGCCUCUUAAUGGGGGUCAAGACUGCACUGGUAUCAACUUUGAAUAUCAGCUGUGCAACCUGGAUGAAUGUCCAAAGCUUUAUGAAGAUUUCCGAGCUCAGCAGUGUCAGCAACGCAACUCCCACUUCGAAUAUCAAAACAGCAAACACCAUUGGCUUCCAUAUGAGCAUCCAGAUGCCAACAAGAGAUGCCAACUUUACUGCCAGUCCAAAGAGACCGGUGACAUUGCUUAUAUGAAACAGCUGACCCACGACGGGACUCGCUGUUCUUACAAGGACCCCUUCAGUAUAUGCGUCCGUGGAGAAUGUGUGAAAGUUGGUUGCGACAAAGAGAUUGGGUCCAACAAAGCUGAAGACAAGUGUGGAGUGUGUGGAGGAGACAACUCACAUUGCCGGACAGUGAAAGGGACCUUCACUAGAAUCCCUAAGAAAUCUGGGUACCUUAAGAUGUUUGACAUCCCAGCGGGUGCUCAACAUGUGACUGUCCAAGAAGAUGAGGCUUCCCCUCACAUUCUUGCCAUUAAGAACCAAGCAACUGGCCAUUAUAUCUUAAAUGGCAAAGGCGAAAGAUCCCACUCUCGUUCCUUCAUCGACUUUGGCUUAGAAUGGGAAUACCGUAUAGAAGACGGUAUAGAAACCCUCCAGACAGAUGGACCUCUCCACGAUGCCAUUCUUGUCCUGGUAAUUCCUCAGGAUAACCACACCCAAUCCAGCCUGAUUUACCGAUACAUCAUUCAUGAAGAUUCGGUGCCCAAUGUCAGCAGUAACAAUGUCCUUCAAGAGGAACUGGACACCUUUGAGUGGGCUUUGAAGAGUUGGUCCCAGUGCUCCAAGCUCUGUGGAGGAGGCUUCCAAUUCACCAAGUACGGGUGCCGCAGGAAAAGUGAUAACAAAAUGGUGCAGCGCAGCUUCUGUGACGCUAGUAAAAAGCCUAAACCGAUUCGUAGGAUGUGCAAUCUUCAGGAAUGUACUCAGCCAUUCUGGAUAGCAGAAGAAUGGGAGCACUGCACCAAAACCUGUGGGACUUCUGGUUAUCAAAUCCGAAGUGUACGUUGCGUUCAGCUGCUUCACGAUGGUGGAAAUCGCUCCGUUCAUUUUAAGUACUGCGGUGGAGAACGUCCUGAGAGUCGCAGGGCUUGUAAUAGAACACCAUGUCCUGCUCAGUGGAAAACAGGGCCGUGGAGUUCAUGCUCGGUCACCUGUGGGGAAGGGACAGAAUCCAGGCAGGUGUCAUGCCGCACUGGUGAUCAAUGUGAUGGGGAAAAGCCAGAAUCCAUGAGGGUUUGCAAACUUGCACCCUGCAAUGAUGAACCUUGCCAAGGAGACAAGUCGAUCUUCUGCCAGAUGGAAGUGCUCGCCCGGUACUGCUCCAUACCAGGCUACAAAAAGUUAUGCUGUGAAUCCUGUAGCCAACGUAGCGUCCACCUCCCGCUUCCUUUCUACAGCGAAGCAGCGGCAGGAAAUGAAGAUGGCUUCAUCGCCAGCCCUGCAGUCCUUCCAAAGCCUCUGGUCACCCCGACUUCUUUAGUCCCUCCUCACUUCAAGCGACAAAGUGUUCCGGGCAGAAUGUCCUCGCCGGAAGACAAUACCCAGGUCCUUCUUCCUCCGAUCUACAGAAAGGUCCAAGUUGCUCCUCCAUCUCAUCGGAAACUUCGGAAUCCAGCCAGUUGCAAGACUCCUGGACCAACUGCAUCGCACUAUAACCUUUCCACCAAUCAUGGGCAUCUUCUUAGUCACCGUUCCUUACCUUUGUUGGAUACCAGGCCAGUGGUGACGCACCAUCCCGCUUCCGUUGACCUUCCUUCUUCUCCCAGAACCCCAAGGAGAAACGAAGAGCCAGCUGAAAGACAGCAACCAUUAAGGUCUUCCACUCUAGGGAGAUGAAACUUUAGGAAUCUUAAUUUUAAAGUGGGGAGUUCAUGGGAGAGGCGAGUGGUCUCCUUGCUUUGUCCAAGAUACCGUGCAACAUCUUCAAACCUCACGUCAACAACAACUGAACAAGAAAAAAAAGUGCAGGUUCACUUGACGGAUGCUUCCAGCCAUAUGUUCUUCUUCCUCUUCCGUGUGCACCUCUCUUCCCAAACUCUUGACUUUCUUGAAUGUUCAGAAAGCUUGUGAUUGAGAAAGCCGGUAGCUAAGAGCCUGGUUAAUUCCCCCCCCCCCAAAAAAAAUCUAUGUUGCAUAUCAGGUGCUUAUUAUUGUUAUUAUUAUUGACACACGAUUCGUUCAGGGGGGACCGUGAUGGAAUCUUGCUUUGGGGUGGAGAAAGAAGCCAUUCAAAAGAUACCAAAGUUUACACUUUUUACAGAACGUUGUUGCUUUCUUUCUUUCUUUUUUUUUUAACCGUAGGCCGUUGACGUCCAUCUGAGUUGUAUGACUAAUUUAUCUCUGCAAAGAAGUAAUACAGAAUGUAUCGGCUGCUGUGUAAAUAGUGCAUAUUAUUGAGAGAGAAAAAAAAAAACAGAAGAAGAAGCUUUUAAGAGUUUUCUGCUUUGCUCAUCCACUUAUUCAUGGACUUGGGUCAGUCUUAUUUACAUGCCAUGAAUAUGCUUAUUAGCCAGAGUCUGAAAAGAUGGAUAGAUGUGCAUUCAGGUGUUACCUUGGGUAUCUAGGACAGCUUUCAUUUUAUUUUUUUUUUUUAAAAAAAAAAAUCCAGGUCUCUUGUGCCACAUCAGAGUUGCAAUCAUUUUAUGGGCACCUACAUCAGGAACAAGAGAGAACAGUAAUUUA